ACCACCCCACCCAAAAGAGAGAGAAAAGAAAGAAAAGCAAGAACGCGAGCAAAAAUACAAGAACCGAAUUCUAUCCAGGCGGAGAAGAGGAGCGAGGAGAGACGAGAGAAGGAGAACCCGGAGGCCCCCCUACCGCGGAUCAGAUCGAUCGAGUCCCCGGCCAGGCUAGAAUGGCGCAAGAGAGUUGGAACGAGGCAGAUGAGACUGUCCACGCACCUGAGGCUCCAAUAUUGUGCGUAAAUAACUGUGGCUUCUUCGGCAACCGGAUGACGGAGAACAUGUGCUCGAAGUGUUAUAGAGACACUGUUAAGGCCAAGACAGUGUCCAUUGUGGUGGAGAAGAAACCUAUUGUUGUAUCCUCGCCGGCGCCUUUGGUGGCAGAAAUCAAGGCUGAAGCAUCUGCUUCAGUCAAAGAUGGGAAGCAAGUAGUCAAGGAGGAGGCACCGAAGCCACCCAGCAACCGUUGCUUGUUAUGCCGGAAGAAGGUUGGGCUGACAGGAUUCAAGUGCCGCUGCGGAGAUACCUUCUGCUCGAUGCACCGUUACGCUGAUGCUCACAAGUGCACGUUCGAUUACAAGGAAGCUGGCAGGGAGCAGAUAGCCAAACAGAACCCUGUAGUCAAAGCUGACAAGAUCACCAAAAUCUGAAUUCCCUCGUGAUGCUGCUUGAUCUGUGAAGUUUACAUCAGAAUUAUGUGUCUGAGGAUUGAAUUGUGUCUACCAUUCUUCUGGAAUUUGCUUUGCGAAUGAACUGCUCUUGGACAAACACCAGCAACUGAUAUCUGUCACCGGUGCUCAAUCAACGGGCUACUACACCGAGUUGGCAACGCCUUAGGGCAAUACUAUCAUGUUGGUGUUUUGUGGGGAGCAUUCAUUGGCACAAGUGAACAUAUAUUUAUUUGUGAUAUGAAUAAUGUAAAUGUAAAUAUUUAUCCUGAAAAGUAUGCAGUUCUGCUGAUCAAA